AUGGUGUCUCUUGUCCGGGCGUGGUCACUCAAGAAGGCUAUCCCGGGGACGGUGGCAGCCCCCACGCCUCUGGCCGACGUCGUUGACUUGGCCACCACACUCGCAGCGAAGACCUUUGUGAGGACCACCACAUCGUUUCCGGUCAAUGAUGAACCUCGUGUGGAAGAUGCACUGAGUGAGGAUACUGCCCUUGAUUUGCAUCAUGCUCUGCGCUCGCUCAAGGCCAUGCUGACUCGCCUCGGACCACAUUCACCGGCUGUCUCGGCCUCGCUCUCUGCUCUCCUUAACUGGUUCGCCUACGUCCCGCUCGAAGUGGGCGAUGCCCAGGCAGAUGCCUUUGCCAGGCACUCGAACGAGGCUCCAGACUCGGCGCCUGUGCGCUCGACUAAUGACUCUGGAUCUUUGAAUGACAGCUCAUCGCUUGCGGUUAUUGCCGUCUCCGUCGCCGAGGCCAAGACUCUGCUCAAGAUCCGCAAGGCCUGCACCCACGCCGCGCUCUUUGGCCUCUUCUUCUCCACCCUCCUCACUCCGGACCUCCUUCGGGCGCUUCCGUCAGAGCUAGCCCUACAGAUCAUGCGUGCCGCCUACGAUGGCAUCCGGUCCAAGCUCAAGAUCCCGUCCAAGAUCCCGUCCAAGUUUGAUCUCACCACCAUCGAGGCCAACGCCGUCUUUGGCUUGAGCCAGCUCUCGGCUGUCCUCGCUCUCACUUCCGCCGUCAAGCUCAAGGACAUCAUUAUUGAGUUCUCGUCCGAACUCGAAGACGCCGCCAAGCCGCCGCACAUCAUCCAUCUCCUCCGGGCCGUCUCGUCGCUCGAUCUCACCGCGGCCACGCCGCGGCCCGAGACUCCGCGGCUGGUCCUCUCGUUCCUCGGCAAGCUUGCAGGCAUUGUCGAGACCGGCAAGCCUGCAGCAAAGUCAGGCGAUGUCCGUGUCGAGGUUCUCCGUGGCCUGCCGCGCCUUCUGCUACCUCUCUUCCGCGACCGUGACGCCCUCGUCGAGCUCCGAGGCCUUCCGGGCUUUCCCGCCACGGUCUCGGACUUGCACAAGGCCGUGGUCAAGAUGUGCGGCAAGGCCAAGACUGCUGCUGACGGCUACCUCGCUCUUAGUGUCGUUCUCCCACUCAGACACGCCAAUCUGGCUCUGGCGCCCAAACUCUUCUCGUCGUCGGCCUUUCUCAGCCCGGUCUGCAAAAUGUUCAAGGGAAAGACCGAGCGGGCCGAGGCGCUUCGGGCUCUCGCCACCUUUUUCACUGCUCUUCGUCUCGACCUUGACCCAGACAUUGGCCACACCGAUGUCAUUGAUGCCCUGGAUGCCCCGCUCGCCAAGGUCACCUCGCUCCUCUUCCCCAUCCCGUCGGCCAAACAGGCUGCCAAAGAGGCCAAAGCCUCGCGCAAGGCGGCCCUCAAGACGCUCAGCCGCUCCAAACCCAUGGCCCGCAUCAUGGCUAUGGGCUCGCUCACCUUUUCUCAGGUUGUCGACAUUGCCCUCGCCGAACACACGCCGCUCAACUGCUACGUCGAUGUCAUUGUUGCCCUUGUUCAGCUCGCCCCCGAGCUCGCCAUGGAUGCUGCCUUCUUCAACCUCCUCACCGACAUCAAGUGGCCCAAGCGUGCCGCGCUCGGGUUUGGCGCCCUCGCCGCCAUGGACGACGCUUGCCGUAGUGCCGCUGUCUCGCACGUUCUCUACGACGUCGAGCUUGUUCUCUCCUCACUCUCCCACUGGUGGAUGGCUCUCGACGCCGAGCUUGGUAACUUGCUCCUCUCCAACUCGAAGGCUACUGCGCCCAACGCCGAUGCCUUUGCCACUCACUUUGGCUCCGGCCUCUCAUUUGGCCUUCUUCUCGCGCUUGUUCGCGCCCUUCCGGCCUGUGUCUCCUCCUCGUACCUCGACACUAUGCCCGAGAUCCUCGCCAAGCUCGUCAAGCUUAUGGUCCACACCGACGCUCGGCUUCGCGACGCUGCCCACGCCUCGGCACGGGCCAUCUUUGACGCAGCUGCCGACUGGGGCUCGGCUCGCGCCGACCUCAUCAAUCACCUCUCGGUUCACAUCCGCAGCCUGCCGGCAGAGAACAAGCUGACCCGCGAGUUGCUUCCGACCUAUCUUCGCACGCUUGUGUCUUGGCUUGAGACGCUUGCUGUCUACGGCGCGCCAUCAAUUCACAACGAGAGUCUUAGCGGACAGGCACCGGCCAACGAUGGGCUCAACGUUGACUCGCUCCGCGCCUCCCUCCUCCUCGCGCUUUGCUCGGUCCUUGGCGAAGUGCGCUCACUCGCGCUUCAUGGCUUUACUCUUCUCGACGUCCAUCUGAACAACGCGGCAAUCGACUCUGGGUCUCCACCGCCGGUCACCAUCAUGGGCCUCAUUAUCUCGCAUGGUUCGCAGCUCCUUGCCCGCGCACACCGUCUCGACUCGCCCGACGACGUUCCUUCCGAGCUUACGGUGGAGGAGCUGUCGUCGCGUGAGUCGCGCUCUGCUCGUGAUGCCUGGGCUCGGUUCCUCGGUGCGCUCGGCGCCGAGGCCGCUCGCUGGCAGGCCCUCGCCCCAGCGCUCGGCAUCAUGUGGCCUAUUGCGCUAGGCCGCCUCGCCGCCGUCCAGCCGCGGCCGAUUGGCAAGGCGGUCGUCAUCGGCGACACUUCCAACGUCGCGCGCGCUGCCAUCAAGGUCACCUUUUCCGCCUGGCGCAACUACCUUGCGCUUGCCAUGGCGACCGUUCCGCACAAGGCUCCGCCGACGUCGUCUGAUCCCAACGCGCCACCACCGCUGCCGUCCGCCUUUCUUCGCCCGGACCUCACUGUCAUCCCGCCGACCUCGCUGUGGACCAUCUCGCCGUUCCAGUUCUACACCUGGACCGUUGCCGCCCUCUUUUCAGCGGCACCAGCCCAUGUCGACGCCGUCCUCGAGGCGGUGCCCAUGGCCUCGACCUCGCAUGCGGGCGCCUUUGUCACCGCUAUCACCUCGUUUGUCUCGGGACUCGUCUCGGACUCGCUCUUUGCCUCGGGAGGCGCCGGCAGCUCCGACUCUGACGGAGGCCCACCACCGGUCUUUACCACCGACCAAAAGCUGCGGACCCAGCUGGCGGCAUCGCAGCUGAUGGCGCUCCUCGUUCCGCGCCUCGACUCGGACAUUUUGCACAUGGAUGGUUCACUUCCGUCGAUUGUCGCCGAUCUUAACGCGUGCUACUUUGGAUACCGCUGGGAUGCGCGGUCGGGAGUCGUGGCUUUCAACUCAGCGGGCAAGCUCAGCACCACCCGCGGCGGCAGCGGCGACUCAGACGAUGAGCUGGCCGACUCUGAGGAGACACUGCAAGAGAUCGAGUCGCAGGCGCUCCUCCGCCUCUCGUCGCUCUCAUUCAUGUAUAAGCAGCUCCGCAAGCAGCUCUUUGAAGCAUUCGCCCCGCUUGCUGUUGCAAAGACAACCCCGCCAGCCACCGCCAUUGUCAUGGCCUCGGCGGCGCUGAGCACAUGGUACGGGCCCGAGUUUGAGAACGGCGUCUUUGCCGCCACCGGCAAGGCCAUGGCCUGGACUCGCAAGCUGCUGAGUCAGUGCGCCGACUGCGAUGCGCCGCUCUUCGACAUUGCUCGCCAGGCCGCCUUUCUCAUUCUCGCUCAGUCGGCCACCCUCUGCUCGCCAGAGACCACCACCGGUGUUCUCGACCGCAUGUCCGCGCUUGUUCUCGAGACCGAGGCUGCGCCCAUUCGGGAAGCGCUCUUCUAUGCCAUCGGCCGUUUUGUGCUAGUCCGAACCGCCGACAACGAACCGAGUGAGCAGGCCAGCAAUGGCGACAGCACCGAUGCCAUCCGCAAACCCGGCCCCGACAUUGCCUUUGGCCCCGCGCUCCACCUCGCGCUGCUCCAGUGGGCGUCGCCGACGCUUGGGACUCGCAAGCUGGCGUUGCAGGUCAUUGACGCCAUCACCCUUGGCGUCGCCGCCGAGUCGCUCAUCAUGAAGGGCAAGUGGCAGUUUGCCUCGGACGUCUCCAGCAAGUGCCUGCAGUGGCAGUUUGAGCUUGUCCAGAGUCUGAUGACCUCGUGCCCGCAUCUGGCGCGCUCGCUGUAUGAGACAACUCACUCCCUGCUUGUCGACCGCAAGCUCGGCUUUGAGACUGUCAACCAGGUCCUUCACUACAUGCUGCCGAUGCUCAAGGUGGUGACAGAGGCUGCUGCCGACGCCGAAGUCCGCGCCGCCAAGGCCGGCAAGGCCGCUGGCUCACGGAAGCGGACCAUUGCCCUCCUGCGCUCGCUCCUCAAGCUGACUCUGCUCUACGGCGAAGCGCAUGUGCAGCAGCUCGAGCGGGCGUGGCAGCUGGUUGCUGCCACCCUGCCCAUCUAUGCCGUCAUGGCCUUUCUGCUCGACGUCGGGACCAACGCCGACAUGCCGGGCUUUGUCCCGGUUGCCAAGUCUGUUGUUGUCUACCUUGUCCGGUACGUCCCGCAGGACGUGGUCCUCAUGCUUCUCAACGUGCUCCAGCUCCGCGAGUCGGACGAGCACGAGGCCUUUUCCCAGUCACUUCGCUCGUACACCUCGGAAGCCUCGCUACUGCCGGCGUUUCUCGAGCGCGGCCGGGCCGGGCCACCGCCGUCGGCUCGGAUCUCGCAGUUUGAGAUGGCUGUCAUCCUGCUCUCGGAGCUCAUUCCCGAGACCGCCUUUGUCCUCACCGACGCCACCCACGUCGUCCUCAACGCCGGCGUCCUGCUCAUGGACUCGCCCAACUCGGUUGUGUGGCACCACGCCAAAGUCCUGCUUGUCAACGUCAUUGCAGCGCUGGCUCCAUCGACGGCGUCCGACGAGCUCGUCGAUGGCUUGCUCGACUCGCUCACCGCCACCGAGGCGCCGCUGUGGGCGCGUGAACCGCGGCUCCACCCGCGGCUCAAGGUUGGCGACAACGACCCAUCUACCACUACGCUGCAGGCCUUUGUCGGUGAUCUGGUCCAGCUCAUGGGCCGCGAGACCGUCACUAUGCACGCUUGGUCGCUUGAGGCGCUCAAGUGGGGCCUCAAAGCCAAGUAUCCACACCAGGCGCGCCGCGCACUGCAGAUCUUCCGCGCUCUUCCUGGCGAGUUUAUGAUGAAUGUGCUCGAGGCGCUCAUGCAGCGCAUUCACAUAGGCAUUUCCGCUGCCGCGUACGAUGCCAUUGAGCUCCCGCUCCUUCGCGAGAUGCUUGUCUCUCUCGCAGCUGUCUUUGACUCGAUCGACUUGGGGCGGUGGUUGAGCGUUGGCGUGCCUUCUGGCGCGUUGCUCCACGCCGACCCGUUGAGGACAAGCCGUGACGGAAGCGGCGAGAGCGACGAAGACGGCGGCGGUGACGAUGCCGCCGAUGAUCUGGAUACGUCAACCGCUGGCGCACAGCAAGUUGUUGCCCGACUUGGCGCAGCGCUGUGGGCGACAAUGGGUCUCUGCCUCACAUCGUCGCCCGACCUUUUCGCGGCCAACUUUUAUGUCUUUGCCGCCGCCGUCCGCUCGCUCCUCCUCCGACCGCUCCUCGGCAUUGAUCGGAGUGGGCGGUACGGCGACUCGCCCAAGCCCGACAUUGUCGAGCUCUUUGCACAGCUCGACGUUAAGAGCUACCUCGAGACUGCGUAUCCGGCGAUGUGGUCGGAGCAGGGCGGAAAGGCGAGGAUUCCGCCUAUGGCUGCCGUCCUGGUCAAGGCAGCAUGCCUCGAGACGACAGCUUCGGCGGCGUACGAUCUCAUUGCCGCCAUGUCGUUGCUUGGCAAGACCUUUACCGGACUGUGGCCGGCACCCAAGGCGUGUGUGACGCUCGGUCCACUCGGCCCGCUUCACGUCUACGCCUGGCUCCUGGCGAUUGACCUUGACUUUCGGUCGCUGCACUCUGCGCGUGAGCACGAUGCCGAGUGCGUCCUCGCCCUCCACGCUGUCGGCUCAGCGCUGGGCGUGCCGGAGCUCGGUGAGCUGGCGUCGACGGUGGCGCUGCCUGGUCCUGAUCGCGAGGCUGGAGCCGAGUCGCUGGCGGAGACGCUGGCGCACGCGCUAUGGGCGCCAUCGUCGCCGAGCUCACUCAUUUUCUUCGUGUGGGAUAGUCUGUUCAUGUCGUACAUGCUCGGACGCGAAGAGGCGCGGGUGUCGGCGCUCUCGGCACUGCUGGCGGUGUUGCGGGCUGGCGCUAGUGUACCGGAGCGACACUCGGAGCUGGCCAAGCUUCUCAGCGAGCGGACGCCGGUCUUCCACUCGCUGGCCGCCGACUACGAGGCUGCCGGGCGGAUGCCUGCACGCGUGGCUGGGCUGGAGCGUCGCGGAUGCGGGCGGUCACCGGUCUCACUCCCGGACAUGCUCUUUUCAGUGCUCGAGGAGCAUCUGGCUCUCACGGCACAGCUCUCGCUCGACCAAAACAAUGUCGAUCCGGACAAGUACGUCAACGCUUUUGCUGAGUGGCGGAACAUGCUGCAUGCUCUUAACACCCGCUCGCGCGAGCGGUCGCGGGCCGACUUUGUGCACCGCCUUGAUGCGGUGGUUGGGACCGAGCUGUGGGACCAGCACGAGGGCGAGUCAAGCGUCGAUGCGUGGCAGGCGCUACUCGCAGACGUGCUUAUGGAACACUUUUCCGGCCUCGACCUCGUCUUGUUUGACGAGACGGUCAUGGAGCUCGCGCUCGCGCGACAGGCAUCGUCGAGAUCGAAUAAGGAUGGCCUGUUUGCCAACGACUCGGGGCUCUCGGUUGUCCCGCGUGUCGACUCGAUUCUCGGGCCCGACUCGCCCGAGUCGACGCCCCGGUCUGUCGACCGCGUAGUUAUCCUCGGCCCUGACAACCAGGGCGACGAAACCAUCGACUCGGACGACGAUGGCGAGGCGGGAGCUAGUAUGAAGCGCUCGGUCUCGGCUGUCGUCGAGCGACGGGGCGGACGCCAUGGCUCGCGUGGGCUGCGGUCGCGGGCGUCCGAGGCACCAGCACCGUCGCGCCCCGUGCGCAAGCGUGAACCGGGCAAGUACGCCACCCUCAAAGCCGUUCGCUCACCGGCUAUCCGGGAGCUGGAGAUGGCCGAGAUGACCGAUCCGCCACCCGGGGCUUCCGAAGCGCCAGCACGCAUGUCUGCUGUCCCGUCGCGGCUGCUUUCACCAACCUCCAUGUCGAGACAGCGGGCAGUGACGACAAGCUCGCAGCAGCGGCCAGGCGCGCGCGUUCUCGAGCCAGUCUCGACCGACAACGUCUCGACACCUGUCCGGCCAACGCUCGACGUCUCGCACAGCAGCAAAAGCCAGGCACAGUCACCCGGCUCGCCCAAUCUACACAUCCUCAAGCACGUGCGUCGGUGGAAGGAUGCUGUGCGCGGCAGCGAGGCUGGUGACGGCGAGUCAUUUGCCUUUGUUCCACUCGCCCACGACAUUGUGUCGAUGCUUCAACGCGAUGCUGCGGUCGUCUUUGCUGCCAACCAUGGCGUGCUUGCAACCGUACCGGACUUUGCGCUCAUCAGCGGCAUCCGCGACCAGAUGAAGGAGCUGCAGCUCGGAGUGCGGGCGCGGGUGAGCGUCGAGACCGCAGACCAGCGUCUCGAGCUGCUGCGGGCCAAGGUUGAUCCCGAGCUAGUGGAGGAGAUUCUCACCGAGCGCGGCGAGCUCAUCUCGCACUUUGGCUCGCGCCUGCGGCGGUACAUUUCGUGCAAGCAGGAGGUCGUGGCGUCGAUGGAGCUGGCAGUCGCGCGCAGCGAUGAUGCCUUUGCGCUCUACACCUUUGCGAUCGAGAUCCUCGGCCUUGUCCAGCGGUGGUCAAGUGUUACCAAGGCCGGUCUCAACAUUGAGCUCUGGAUUCGGCAGCUGAUGGGCAUUGACGACAACGACGACGUGGGCCACUCUCUCGAGCUUGUCGCCCAGCUCAAUGAGUCGGCCGGUUUUGUCAUCAAGAGUCUCAAACGCGCCGUUGUCGAGGCCUCACGCGCCAAGUUUGCCAAUUGAACACAUCGCCCGCC